AUGCUUCCCCAGGUUAAGCAAGACCCCGAUUCCUCGACGCCUUACAUUAAACCCGACCCCGACAACAAAGACGCCGUUCUCGCGGACAUCGAGGACGAGGACCUUUACGAAGAUGCCGGUGACUUAGACUUUACGAAUGCGGGACAGAGUUUAUGGCUUUCUCGAAUCCCACGGUCGCUCUGGGAGCAUUGGUCCAACUUGGAUGACCUGGAUGACGAUGAGGAAAUCCAGGUUGGCACAGUAAGGAUCGAAGGAGAUUCAAAGGACAUCAAAAGGGUCAGUUUGCGCCUGAACGACCAAGAGGAGAAUCGCGACAUCCCUAAGGAUUACAUUUUGGCACGACAGACAGUAAAUGCAGAGAACUUGGUACAUAUGACUCAAAACACAUUUCUUUUUACAGAGAAGGACAUUCCCGGCCACGAAAACCGGAUGGUCACGUUCGGCGAAACGAGGUCUGCCCUUUACGAGUCGAUGAAGCGCGAUGCAAGGAGAAAGGAACGCAAGAAGAAGUGGGAGCCCUAUGUUCGGAAAACAGUCCCAAAGCAAACCGCCUUGGUUGGGCAUGUGCAAGAAGAAUUCAAUUGCCUUCCGGUUGAGAACGAAGAAUUCAGACUCAUAUCAGAGAGAAAGGCAUUGGAAGCUCUGAAACCGAAGAAGGAGACCGUCUUCAUUGAUAAGCUUCCAGGCAAGUUGCUGCAAGGGAGGCAUGCCUUGCCUGGAGAGCAGAGCGCAUUUGUGCAAGCAACGAGGCCCACAAAACUCAAAGCACAGGAGAACAAGACCACUCGUAUGCCACAGAACGAGCUGUUGGAUCUUGUUUACGGAUGCUUCCGAGAAUACAGAUACUGGCCGUUUAAGACGCUCAAAGCUAGGCUUCGGCAACCCGAGGCUUAUCUUAAGCAGACAUUGGAAAUGAUUGCCCAUCUAGUGAAAUCCGGCGAUUUUGCCAUGACAUGGGAGUUGAAGCCCGAGGCGCGCGAGAGCCAUUACUCCAACGCCUUGGAACCCAAGCAAGAAGCUGCCCCUGGCCUCGACUAUAACUUUGACGAAGGCUCAGAAGAUGAUGCGAUGGCUUCGGGCAUGGAUAAUGACGAUGCGCAGUUUGAAAAUGUGGCCUAA